CCCUUGAGAUGAUGUAUGUACCUUUGCAACCGGAAAACAGUCCACCAGCUUCUUCUACCUGCAGAAAAUUGAAAUAUUUUUGGCUUUUUCUGGGAUUUUUUGCAUUUUUUGGAGCCUACUUUUAUUUCUACGGAGAUAUUAAAUAUUCUAUUGUUGUUGAUGAGAAAAUUGUUAAUUUUACUGGAGUUGAGGACUUCAUUCCGCCAUUCGUCGAUUUUGAUCAUGGAUUCUUUGUGGCCCCUGACAAAAAGCUUCUGGGAUGUGGAAUUCCGAAAUCUAUGAGUCAAUUAAUGUCUAAUAUAAUGUGCUUUUUAUACGAUGAAAAUCAAUAUUUGGCUCAGCAUAACAGUCUGAAUGACACUUGGACUACGGAGAGAAAAUGUCUUGAAGAGGACCAAUUCCUAAAUCCUACCUUUGAACUGCUAAAUGAUCCAGAUUUGGUCCGAUUCGCUUUUAUUCGAGAUCCAAUUCAUCGAUUCAUUUCUUUAUACCUGGAUAAAUGUAUUUAUACUAAAUCUUGCUACAAUUGCGGUACAAACAUGGCAUGCUUUGUUCAGCGGAUAUAUGAGACAUUAAACCGGAUAAAAAGCAAUCGGAGGAGACUACAUGAAGCCAGCUCGAUUGAGCAGCAUGUUGCUCCGUUGUCAUGGUACUGUAACUUUAACGAGAAUAUCAAAAAGUAUUCCCUACUAAUGAUGGGUGCGGAUCUUGAAGAAAGAAGAUCCUCGAUUCUACAUUUGGCAAAUAUACUAAAACGACAAGGAUUCAGUGAGAAAACUGUGGAAAAGAUACAGAAUGACGCGUUGGGCGGAGAAACCGCCCAUUCCACACACAAGUCGUCUCAUCGACUUGAAGCAGAACGCCAAGUACGCGAAGACCCAGUAAUUCGAGAUUUACUCCACAAAAUAUAUUUCUUUGAUUAUGUAGUGUUCCCGUUCAAGAGGGACCAAUUGGACACCAAGUAUCAAACCGAUUUCUGGAAAACUCCUAAUUUUUAAAAUAAUAAAGCUUUAAAUUUCAGA